CCGCCGUGGGCGCAGCAGCGCCGACCACUUGCCGACUGCGCUGACGGCCGCUGCCGCUGCUGGCGACGAGGCCAUGACCACGUACGUGGUCGUUGAGCUUGAAGCCUUUGCCGAGUUCCGGACACUUGACAUGCACGAGUCGCUCGAGAUCCAAUGCCUCUUGCAUACCAUGAGCAAGCAACUCAAGUCUACGAUCGCGCCCAAACACUGCAAGGCGAGGAAGACCAUCCAAGUCGUUCGCGGUGCAUUCCUGGGUAUUUGCUUCUCACUCUAUUUCUUUAUGCAUUGUAAAUUUCCGUCGGAAUGCCCCUCGAUUAAGGG